AUGGCGCGUAUAAACCCAGAGCAGUCACGUCUCCCUAGUGUUUCACCCCAGCUUCCCGCACAAACACCUAACAACAACCCUAUGGAUUACGGAGCAGUAUCGCGACGUCCGAAUCAUGUGACCAAGAAAUUUGUCCUGUGCUUUGAUGGUACAGGUAACAAGUUCUCGGGUACAGAUUCGGAUAGCAACAUCCUGAAGAUUUAUCGCAUGCUCGAUCGCAAUGGGGACGAUCAAUUUCAUUACUAUCAGCCUGGAAUCGGCACCUACGUUACGAAAGCCAAUGGAUCUAUGACCCGAACAGGCCGAUGGGAGAGGUUUCAGUCGUGGUAUGCGAAGGCGAAAGACAGCGCGAUAGGAACUUCAUUCGACCAGCACGUUAUGGCAGGAUAUAAGUUCCUGAUGAGAUACUAUACGCCUGGUGAUGACAUAUUCUUCUUUGGAUUUUCACGAGGUGCCUACACAGCUCGUUUCCUUGCGGAGAUGCUCGAUCACGUUGGCCUUCUCUCUGCUGGAAAUGAAGAGAUGUGCCAGUUCGCAUGGAAAACAUUUCAGAAGUGGCAAUGUCGACUGCCAGAAGAGAAGGGUAGCAAAAGCCGCAAGUCCGGCGAGAAAUCAGAAAAGCUAAAGCUUCUCGAAUUCAUGUGCGCGUUCAGGGAGACAUUCAGCCGCCCUGUCAAACCCAUACGCUUUCUUGGUCUUUUUGAUACAGUCAACAGCGUGCCUGCAUUCGAGAAUGCAUGGAUGCAACGCAGCAGGUUCCCGUAUACCGCAAGAAGCAGUGCGAACGUAAUACGUCAUGCGGUUUCUAUCGAUGAACGGCGUGCAAAGUUCAGACAAGAUCUCAUCUCCCAGGAGAAGCCAGACAGGUCAAUGCUUUACAAACACCGUCAUCACAAGCAUCGGCAGCAAAUGAAGGAUAUGAUCCACGGUGAUCAUGAGGAUCAUGAUUAUGACGAAAAGGAUCAUGAGGAACACCAAGAGAGAGGUCGGCGGGACACGUUAGCACCGCCUGAGCGAUUCAGAGAUCCACAUGAGACUUCAGGCGUGCGCAGCCGUAGCGCAGACCGCUCACAACUGGAUGGUGUUCAUGGCUCUGCUACUCCUUCAAUGCGAUCGUACGACGCAGCAGGAACUUUCAACUCUCAAGACGAGGAUGGUGAACAAGACAUUCAAGAAGUCUGGUUUCCAGGGUGUCAUGCAGACAUUGGCGGAGGAUGGCCUCUCGGUGACGAUGAUGCAGCGUUGAGUCACGUAGCGCUGGUGUGGAUGGUGCGCGAGGCUCAAAAAGCUGGUCUCGACUUCGACGAAGACAAGUUGGAGGCCCUGAGUUGUUGCCAUGAGGAACCUACAACCACCGUUUCGCGAGCCCAAAACAACAUACCGAUGAUUGCGAUUGAUCCUGCAUCACCCUCACCAGUCAUUCCACGCAAGAAUUCGGAUGCGCCGUCCAUGGAUACAGCAGGCUACACUGACGACGACAACAUACUUUCUCAUCACCGUGAACACCCGAACACACACUUCCAUAAACACCUCCACAGCGCCGCAACUAAAGGCCGUAUUCAUGAUGUUCUCCAGUUCAAUAAUGGCGCCAACCGUAUGGGCGUCGUCUCGUGGAACAUAAUGGAGUAUCUACCCUUUCGACGUAUGGAUCUACAAGAAGACGGAACCUGGAAAGCAAUCAGAUGGCCUUUGCCUAAAGGCGAGACCCGUGAUAUACCCGCCGAUGCCGUUAUCCACAGCAGCGUGAUUAAGCGUAUGCGCGCAGACCCAACCUACCGUCCUGGCAAUCUGAUAGUAGGUGGUGGUGGGAGAGGUGUCAGGCACGCACCCAAGGACAUGGGUAUGGGUCAAUGGGUUGUCGCUUGUGACGAAGGCCACCAUGUAGGCGAGUGUUUCAAGCGCAGACACCCACCUGAGAGGACAAAGACAGACGAAAUGGAGCAGCCUGCGUGUGAUGGUGGUAUGCAGGGAAAUUACUUUGCUGGCCGCAAGAAGUCGACUGUCAUGUAG